CGUUAGCGGUGGAUCACGGUGCCAUGGUUCAGGCCUCCCAACGGUGGUAUAUGCAGGAAGGCAGGAAGCUCUGCCGGCAGAAACCAGUUGCUUUAUUAAAAGUAUAUCUAGUCCUUGGAAUUCCUCUGCAACUUCAACCUAACAUGACUUCCCAAACUGGACUCUUACGCAAUGCUGCUCCCUCCGAUCAAUGUUGAGCGUGAAAAAUAUACUGGAUGUGCAGUCCAGGGAAACACGCAGAACAAACAGAAUACAGAGAACACACAGAAUGAAGUGGAACCGAAGCUACCUCUGAGAGAGAGUCACUCAAUCCCACACUCUCUGCCACCGUCAUUCUCAAGGACUGUCAGCGAACCGUCGACCCCCGCCAUCGACAACCUUCCACGAGCUGCCAUGAAACAGCGCUCGAAGUCAGUCAGAUUCUCUAUAAGUGACGGAAUGACCCAGUACUUCAAUCCGACUGAAAUGACGCGCUCUGUGCACAAAAGUACGUUCGAUAUUUGAUAUCUGGUGGCGUAUUUGGCUCGCGUCGCUAACAGGUCUAGUGGUAGCGGCUGACGGCGCUUGUUCAGAGCCUGGAGAAGACGGAG